GCGAACCGUAGAUUACUACGCAUCCUCAGCCACCCGACCGUCCUAUCACCAGUCUACCCACUCCGCAACAUCAGAGCGCGUCUCGACCAGUAGCUGGUUAAGUCAUCACCUCGCUAAGGUUAAGCUGAACUGACCCGCAGUUCCUACUCCAACAUGCAGCCCCAUCACUCCCUGCCAGCGCGCCCGCCGCCAACGACAUAUUCGGCACCGCCUUCAAGGACCAACAACGCUGGCGCACGAGGCCAGGGCAACUCGCCCAUGUUUGCUGGCUUCACACCACGCGCCGUGGCAGCGCAUGCUCCCCCACAGGCGUCUGCUGCGCCGGCAAACUACGCGCAAGCCCCAGUGAGCGCCCCCUACCAAGCACCCGCGUACCCGACCAGCAAUACUUACAACAACUACUCGUAUCCAGCCUACGCGACGGGCGCACCUGCUGCGGCCUCAUACCCAGCUGCUUCGACCAUGAACCGCGGAUUUACUGGCACUUAUGAUCCCGAAGAAGAAGCCCGAAUCGCCGAGUGGAACAGCGCAUACAAUGCUGGCGAUGCAAACGCGAAGAAGGGCACCGGAGCAAAUACGACCGCCCGACCGGAAGCCGCAACCACUCAGGAUACCGAGGCAGGACCAGCAGCCGACGGCAAGCGCAAGACCGUCGUUCGAGAGGGAGGCGGAAAACAGUGGGAGGACGAGACUCUGCUCGAGUGGAACCCCUUGCACCCGCGACUCUUCAUCGGUAACCUGGCGGGUGAAGUCACCGACGAUUCACUCCUCAAAGCCUUCGCCAAGUACCCGUCUCUGUCCAAAGCCCGCGUCGUACGAGACAAGAAGUCUACCAAGAGCAGGAGUUAUGGUUUCGUGAGCUUCUCAGACACCGACGACUACUUCCGUGCCGCCAAGGAGAUGAACGGCAAGUACAUCGGCAGUCACCCAGUCCUCAUCAAGCGAGCCACAUCUGAGGUCAAGGCCGUCGUAAAGAAGGACGACAAACACAAGCAAGGAAAGAACAGGAACAACAAAAACAACAAAGAAAAAUCUGGAAACGGCAACAACAGUGCACCCGCGGCAGUCGCAUCUCCCGCCAUGUUCAUACCUCGUGGUGUCCAGAAGAAGGGCAAGUCGAAUGGCCCGAGAGUCCUGGGUUGAGCGACCCUUGUGUGGUUACAGACGGUAUCGACAACACGGCAUGACGGACUGCCCAGGCAUGUACAACAACUACGUACCCAUGUGUACUCCAAACACUUCCAAGGUUAGUGGAGUCACUUCUGUUCUCUAGUUUUAUGUUUGUUCGAAUGAUUUUUGUCUUUUGCUUUGUGUUCAAGCGUUAAAUGGAUUUUCAGCAGUGUCAAGUAUGACGAAUGCGGCGGAAGAGGCA